GGCCCACUCUGCGGUGUAGACAUUCAUGGCUGAAGGAAACUGCUAGCGCUGCUCCAGGGGCCCACACCGGGCAUGGACACAGUUCUCCACUUCGGGACGAGCACAGGGAGUGCCAUCUGUGAGUGCAUAAGCCACUGAGGCCCCUACAGCACGUGGGUGGUGGCCCAGAGCCCUGUCACCCUGUCACCAUGCCGUUCGGCCUGAAACUCCGUCGAACGCGGCGCUACAACGUGCUAAGCAAGAACUGCUUCGUGACCCGCAUCCGCCUGCUGGACAGCAGUGACAUCGAGUGCACGUUGUCUGUGGAAAGCACCGGCCAGGAGUGCCUGGAGGCCGUAGCACAGAGGCUAGAGCUGCGGGAGACACACUUCUUUGGGCUCUGGUUCCUCAGCAAAAGCCAGCAGGCGCGGUGGGUGGAGCUGGAGAAGCCGCUGAAGAAGCACCUGGACAAGUUUGCCAACGAGCCACUACUCUUCUUCGGGGUCAUGUUCUACGUGCCCAGCGUGGCCUGGCUCCGGCAGGAGGCCACCAGGUAUCAGUAUUACCUGCAAGCCAAGAAGGACGUGCUGGAAGGCCGGUUACGAUGUUCACUGGAGCAAGUGAUCCGGCUGGCUGGCCUCGCCGUGCAAGCGGAUUUCGGUGACUAUCACCAGUUCGAUUCCCAGGACUUCCUCCGUGAAUAUGUGCUGUUCCCCAUGGAUCUGGCCCUGGAUGAAGCUGUCCUGGAGGAGCUGACUCAGAAGGUCGCGAGAGAACACAAGGCCCACAGUGGGAUCCUGCCAGCGGAAGCAGAGCUGCUGUACAUCCAUGAGGUGGAGCGUCUGGACGGCUUCGGACAAGAAGUCUUCCCUGUGAAGGACAAUCAGGGGAGCAGUGCGCACUUGGGCGUCUUCUUCAUGGGUGUCUUCUUGAGGAGCUGCGUGGGGAGGCAGGUGCUAGUGUACAGGUGGAGUGACAUCGGCAACAUCAGCCACAACAAAUGCACCAUCCUGGUGGAGCUGGAGCACAAGGAGGAGACUGCACAGUUCCACACUGAUGAUAUUGAAAAUGCCAAGUAUAUCUCACGGCUGUUUGCUGCCAGGCACAAGUUUUACAAACAGAACAAGAAUUGCACCGAGCCAACCAGCUCUCCGCCCCCCAUCCGAAGGCAGCCAACCUGGAGCCGGUCCUCACUGCCACGACAGCAGCCUUACAUCCUGCCCCCUGUGCAUGCCCAGUAUGGUGAGCACUGCCUAGAGAGUCACACCUCCCAAGAUAGCAUCUUUCCAGGGCAUGAGGAUGCGCUGUACUGCACCUCCCGCAACAGCCUAGACUUGAGCUACGUGAGCUGCCCAGUGGCCAAUGGCAGCGUCUGCAGUGUCAACUCCCUCAGCUGCUCGCAGAGCUUUGCCCCAGCCUCACCUGUGUCCUCCAGCCUCAGCAUCCCUGGCAGCGAUCUCCUGGGCCCUGACUGUAUCCCCAGCCACCGCCACAGUGCCAUCAUUGUGCCCUCUUACCGGCCCACCCCUGACUACGAGACUGUGAUGCGGCAGAUGAAGCGAGGUGCCCCGAGGCCUGAUGGCCAGAGCCAGUCACUGCGCAACCUCAGCCUCAUCCACACACAUGCCUACAGUCGGCCCGAGGAGCUGGUGUAUAGUCAGCCCGAGAUGCGUGAGCGGGUCCCUUGCGCACUCCCCUAUGGCCCGCCGGGGUUCUAUGGGCACAGACGGGUAGGGCCAGGUGCCCCCGGCAACCCCCGGCAUGUGGCCACAGUGCCCAUCCAGCCAGGGACCAAUGCCAUCUCCCACACGGUGAGCACCCCGGAGCUGGCCAAUGUGCAGGUGCAAGCACCCCCUGGCUACAACCCAGCGCAGGUGCUCCAGGGUUAUCUCUUCCGGCCACCACCCCCAUACCCACGGCCGCGGCCUGCUACCAGCACCCCAGACCUGGCCAGCCACCGCCACCAGCGCUACGUCAGUGGGAGCAUCCCAGACCUGGUGACGCGCAAAGUGCAGCUGUCGGUGAAAACAUUCCAGGAGGACAGCUGCCCAGUGGUGCACCAGUCGCUCCAGGAGGUGAGCGCGCCCUUGUCAGCUGCCAAGCGCCACAGCCUGGAGGUGAUGAGCACCAUGGUGCGGGGCAUGGAGGCCAUGGCCCUUAAGUCUGUGCAUCUGCCCCUGGCACGGCGCAGCAACACACUUCGGGAGCACAUGCCAACUGAAGAUGGGCCCCCAGCACCCCGCUUCCACCACCAGAAGACUCUCUCCAGUGCCACCAUGCUGAUUCACAGCAGCGAGGAUGAGGACGAUGAGGAGGAGCAGGCUGGAGGUGUACCCGCUGCCACAGCACAUCUGGCUGCCCUCCGCGAGAAGAUGGACUACAGCGCCCAGCUGCAGGCUGCCCUGGCCCGCAUCCCUAACAAGCCACCACCUGAGUACCCAGGGCCCCGGAAGAGUGUGAGCAAUGGGGCGCUGCGGCUGGACCCAGCAUGCCCCCCGCCGGCUACCACUCGCCCGCGGGUGCUUCGGUCCGGACCCCCUAAGGCUGACCUGCCGGCUGUGGGCAGUGGGCCUGCUCUGGGCCCAUCUAUCUCGGAGCCAGACUUGAGCAGUGUGAAGGAGCGAGUGAAGAAGGAUCUGGUCAAGGAGCGGCCGGUGUCUGAGAUGUUCUCACUGGAGGACAGCAUCAUCGAGAGGGAGAUGAUGAUCAGGAACCUCGAGAAGCAGAAGUUGGCAGGCCUGGAGGUGCAGAAGCGGCCACUGAUGCUGACGACACUCAACGGGCUCUCAGUGGGCCGGGUCCCAGGCCGCGAGGACUGCCGGGGCCGAGGGUCCCGGGUGCCUAUGGACGAGAGGUUUCGAAGCCUCAAGCAGAGGUUGGAGGAUGGGCUGGUGUUCGCAGAAUACGAGCAGAUUCCCAAGAAGAAGGCGGAUGGGGACUUCAGCACUGCCACGAUGCCCGAGAACACAGAGCGCAGCCGGACCCGAGAGGUGCUUCCCUACGAGGAGAACCGUGUGACUCUGGCGCCCACCAAGGAGAACAGCUCGGGCUACAUCAACGCCUCUCACAUCAGGGUGGUGGCAGGCGGUGUGGAGUGGCACUACAUAGCCACGCAGGGGCCACUGCCACAUACGUGCCACGAGUUCUGGCAGAUGGUGUGGGAACAGGGCGCCAACGUGAUCGCCAUGGUGACAGCAGAGGAGGAGGGCGGACGCACCAAGAGCCAUCGGUACUGGCCCAAACUGGGCUCCAAGCACAGCGCAGCCACCUACGGCAAAUUCAAGGUGACCACCAAGUUCCGCACAGAUUCUGGUUGCUAUGCAACCACAGGCUUGAAAGUCAAGCACCUUCUGUCUGGCCAGGAAAGGACAGUGUGGCAUUUGCAAUACACCGACUGGCCAGAUCACGGCUGCCCUGAGGAUGUCCAAGGAUUUCUGGCAUACUUGGAGGAGAUCCAGUCUGUUCGUCGACACACCAACUGCAUGCUGGAGAACCCCAAGGCCUGCCCACCCCCCGUCGUGGUCCACUGCAGCGCUGGCGUGGGCAGGACCGGCGUGACCAUUCUCUCUGAGCUGAUGAUCUACUGCCUGGAGCACAAUGAGCAGGUGGAGGUGCCAGCCAUGCUGAGUGUGCUCCGGGAGCAGCGUGUGUCCAUGGUACAGACCAUCAUCCAGUACAGGUUCGUCUACCAGGUCCUCAUUCAAUUCUUACACAACUCCAGGCUCAUUUAGCACCCCGACUCGGGGCAGGACCCCCUGACAACGUCUGCCCCCCCCUCAGGGGUACAGACAGCCCAGCCAGCAGCCCAGGCUCCUCACCAGCACCCUGGAUUAUUUUAUACGAUAAUUUAUUUUGUCCCCGUGGAAGAAUGUUGUGAAUGAUUGUAUAUCACUGCCUCCAAAAUAUAUUCUGUUGCCUCAGAA